UUGGCUAAUUGACAUAUUGUUUAAAAAUUAUUUUGUCGCUAAAUAAUAUAGAAAUAGUGUUGAAAAAAGGGAAAAAAGUUAUGCGAACGAUAUAAAAAUUUAGUGCACGGGAUAAAUAUCUAAAUAUUGCAAUUUAUUGUCAAAUGCUUUUUUCUUGAUUAAUUCUCGUCUUGUCUCUCUCUUUGACAAUCGGGUGUUGCCGACUGUCAGUGCACUUUAAUCUACUAUUUGAAGAAGUUUGUAAUAUUACUCAUUGACAAUUUGUUUCCGAAAGAGUAUUUUGUUUAUAUAUUUCAAAACUUAAUGUGUGGAAAAUUAUCCUGUCGUAAUUAACUGACAUUCGUCUAUUCGGGAUAUUAGCGGUAACAUAACCUCUAAAGUGUCAUCUCAAUUUUUUCGCUCGCAAUUAAAAGAUGGAGAAGUUCCUUGUGAAAUCGAAACAAGCUCUGACGAAUUUGAGUGUUUAUGAAAAAGUACGAAUUGUACUGGGAAAUCAAAGUUGCGAUUUAGAUUCGGCAGUUUGUGCAUUAGUUCAAGGACUCUUUCAAUAUUACGAUGUAGAAAAGGAGAAUCGAACAAAUCGAACUAAUGUUGCAGUGAUACCGGUUAUGAAUAUUCUUGAAAAGGAAUUUCGUGUCAAAACUGAGGUCCUUUAUUACCUCAAGCAUCAUAAAGUACCCUUGAGUUUAUUGACGUUUCGAGACCAAAUCGAUCUUCACGCCUUGAAUGUGGAUAACAAAUUGGAGCUAGUUUUGGUCGACCAUCACACUCUCACCGAUGAGGAUUCGUCGCUGGCAGAUUCAGUCGUAGAAAUUAUUGAUCACCGUCCCCAAGAUGCAGCUUGGAAGUGGACCGGCAAAAGGAUUAAUCUACAAACGGUUGGCAGCUGCGCCACUCUUGUCGCUAAAACCGUACUCGAGAAACAUCCAAAUUUAAUUGAUUCACAAAUAUCAAAUUUAUUACGUGGGCCAAUUCUCGUGGACACUUGUAACUUUUCAAGGGAAGCUGAUCGGGCAACGCCGACAGAUUUCGAGGUGAUUCAAAGUCUAGAAGAGGUCGGUUCGUUGGACACUGAAAGGGACGUUGUCUACAGAGAAAUUCUCUCGGCUAAAACCGACAUCAGUGGUUUGACUCCGGGCGAUUUGAUGAUCAAGGACCUAAAAGUGGUCAAUGGAGUGCCUAUUGUUGGAUUUCCAAUUCUAGUUAUGGACUUUCUCGCAUUAAAUGAUGCCUUCGAAGCAAUUGGUACAUUCACAAAAAGCAGAUAUUGCUCGCUCACAGUACUCAUAGGAAUGGAUUUAAAAAACAACACCGUAUCUCGAGACAUUGGUGUCUUCUCAUUGGAUUUGAAUGAAUUGGAAAAUAAAAUUAUAAAAGCCUUAACUUCAUCGACCGAUCCAAAUCUCGAUCUAAUGGAAGAGAGUAGACAUCAUGGAAAAGGAAUGAAUUUGAUCAUCUACCGACAGAGAAACGUGCGGGCAACUCGCAAGCAAAUACUACCGAUUAUACAAAGUGCAUCGACAGGAUGUCGUUGUUGACUGUUGUGCAGCCCUCGUCCCUUCCCUUCCAACCACACGCAAAAGUAAAUAGUGAACCUCCCAUUAAAUGAAUUAGCAUGUGGUAAUUAUACAAAUCGUCCCCUUUUCUCAAAACUAAAUUCAUAAAGUGAAAAUAAAUUGACAAUGCCGUUGGCUGUAAAAAAAACAAAAAAAAAAAACAAGAAACCAGAAUGAAAUAAGAAUCAAAUCAUUUCCAUACAAAGUAACUUCGAGUAAAAGUUAUAUACAUAUCCUUUUCGUUUGUUUUUCCAUUCAGGACGAAAAAAAGUAUCAGCUCAAAGGAACUUGUUCGCCUUAUAUUUUUCAUAUACAUAUAUAAGUUUCACGGAGAAAUGCGAUAUGCAUCUCGCGUAAAGUGCAACAAUGGAACGGACGUCCUUUGUGUACUGAGAAAUCGAAGGUCGACCAAUUUUCAAGGAGCAUAAACAUCCCGAGGGAGGAGAGAAAAAGAGAGAGUGAGAGAGAGAGAGAGAGAGAGAACGAAGCGAACUUGCUUCCAUCGACAGGAGGCCGUCUGUUUAUUUUUCAUUUCCCUGAGUCGUUGCUCCACAACCAACUAGACGUCGCCAGGCUCUCGAAUCACUAAUUUCCCAGACGUACACACCAUGAAAUCUGGUAAAUAAACCAAACUUUUUGAACUGGUCGAUGCGAGAGGGAAAAGGGCGAGAAAGAGAGAGAGAGAGAGAGAAGUAGAAGAGAAAAAAACUGCCAUCGAGAAAAAUCAAAAGAAAAUAAAAUAAAUUCAAGGUAUUUAAAUUGAAUAAUUUUAAUUAUUUCUCUCAAUAUAUUUUUUUGGUUGUCUGCUUCUUCUUUUGGAAGAAUAUUUGAAUUUUUCCCAAUGAUUUCCUUUUCGAAUAGAGUAAAGGAAAAAUAAUUAGUCAAUUAGCGUUGAAAAAAAACUUGAAACUCUAGUAAGAAUCUUGGUUCAAAUUUAAUUAGACAUGAAAAUCCGUUUGGUAUGAAAAGAAUUGUCGAUUUUCUCCCCGAAUUGAUAGAAUAUGUAUUUUAAAAUGUAUAAUAAUUAGACGGAUAAUGAAAAGUAAUUUGGAAAAAGUUCGUUUUGCGAAAUGAAGGAGGGAAAAGGGAGUAAAAAUGUUUUUAAAAAAGUAAAACAAUCCAGAAGAGUCGAAUAAGGAAGGAAAUAAGAAUUCAGAAAGAUGAAGUCGAGGAAAUCGAAGAAAUGAAUGGACAGAAGAAAAUAGAGAGAGGAAAAUAGGAGGAAAAAAUGUGAAGAAGAAAAUGGAAAGGAUAAAAUGCAGGGAAGAAAAUAGAAAGAAAAAAUA